UGGGGAUCGUUCGUGUCAACAAGAGCGUGUGUAUCCAUGCGCGCGGUUCGGUUUCGGGCUCAGACCGCUUUUCCUUUUCGAACGGGCUGGAAGCGGAAUGUCGACUCGGCUGAGGACUAGGGGCGAUUUAGAUAGUUAAGGCUCGGCUCCUCGGUUUUCAAAUGGACCAGGCUAAAUACCAUCUGACGAGGUUGUACAAUACGUCUAUCGUUGAUAAUAAAAAGGACGAGAUUGAGGAGAGGUACGAACGAAGCUAUGUCGGUCUGCAAAGUUUGACGUCGGGCCUGUCGGAGAAAGACGUCCACGACGCACUCAACAGCACCGUCGCCAAGGAUAAAGGACAUGAAGACGUCUGCCUAGGGCUGCUGUCGGUGAUUUUGACGGAGCCCCAAAACGCGUCCAAGAGUUACCGAGAUUUGACUCUUGUGUCUAGAGACGGUCUUGCAACUGUCCAGCUCCACUUAUCACAAUUAAUAUUAGAAAAAUGGGGAAAACUGACCGAUGGUGUUCGUACACAAUUGCUAUGGCUAGUCAAAGAGAUGAUAAGAAAUGGUGUAAACGGCGUGGAGAACAUAUGCUGGAAUUUGAUGAGGCAUAUGGCAGGAGGUGAUUUAUCAACAAAAAACGUAUUUCUUAUAGAAAACAUUUUAGAUAUUUUAAUAGAAAACAGGACAUGGUUGGAAAAAUUCCCCUUAAUCAUUGCCAUAUCUGUUUAUACAUUUUUAAGACUAAUCGAAGAUCAUACGUCACCCGCUUUUGCAAAUUUGCAAAAGAAGGAAAUCGCUUUUACUAUUGCUCUUCUUAGAGAGAGAUUUACUGAUUGCCUUAUGAUCGGUAGAGAUUUAGUUCGCCUGUUACAAAAUGUAGCGAGAAUACCGGAAUUCGAUAAUUUUUGGAGAGAUUUACUUCAUAAUCCGAAGUCAUUAAGCCCUACUUUUGGAGGUGUACUUAGCAUAAUGCAAACGCGGACGUCUAGAAGGUUUUUACAAUCUAGACUUACACCGGAUAUGGAACAAAAACUCGUCUUUCUAACAUCAAAUGUUCGAUUCGGAAAUCACAAACGAUAUCAAGAGUGGUUUCAACGCCAGUAUCUUGGAACUCCCGAAGCUCAAACUCUUAGAUGUGAUUUAAUACGAUUUAUAGUUGGCGUAAUUCAUCCGACGAAUGAAUUGCUCUGUUCCGAUAUUAUACCCCGUUGGGCAGUUAUAGGGUGGCUUCUUACCACAUGCACAUCAACUAUUGCAGCAACAAAUGCCAAACUAGCACUUUUUUACGAUUGGCUAUUUUAUGAUCCAGAAAAAGACAAUAUUAUGAAUAUAGAACCAGCCAUUUUAGUAAUGCAUCAUUCUAUGAGAUCUCAUCCAGCAGUCACUGCCACACUUUUGGAUUUUUUAUGCCGAAUAAUCCCCAAUUUUUAUCCUGCAUUGGCUGACAAGGUUAAAACUGGCAUUUAUACGUCUUUAAGGCAAAUUUUGGAAAAACGGGUUCUUUCGGGGCUUUAUGCUCUAUUUGACAGUCCAAAGUUGGACAGGGAGCUACGAGUGUUGAUUCACGACACUUUCCCAGAAUUCUGUUUUCCGCCUCCUGUCGAAGGGAAUAGAAUAGACGAAAUCAGAGAUGAUGAAAUGGAUUGUGGUGGACCUCCCGAUAUAGGAAAUCACAAUGGCAAUCAACAAGAAGCUGUUUUCAGCGACGAAGAGGGUGAAAAAGAAUCUGCUGUAAAACAAGAAAAAGAGUCUACUACAAAAGGGAAAAGUAAAUCAAAAAAGAAAGAGGUCGUCGAAGAACCAAAAGUCAAAGUUGAGGAAAAUCCUGAACCCCCUGAUGAAAAGGCAGACAUGUAUAAAAAUCUGGAAGGUGAUUUGAAAAAAGCUGUUCUUGAUUUGAAUUGUGAAACUGACAAUGAAGCCAGGUGUGAAAUUAUGGAAAAACUGGUUCAGUUAGUGAUUCAGGAUGAAGAUAUAGAAGACGACGUACUUGUGGCAUUAGCCAGCUGCCUUUGUGAAAUACUUCACAAUCAGUUGGAAGGGAAAGUGUUUCCUGAAACAGUGUCUCCAGAGACUUUAGAAGACAGCAUUGGAAAACCGCUGUUUGUUUUACUAAGGAACCUUGUAGAACUGGCGGAAUGUGAUCACAGGAGAAACCCGAUCUGUUCUCUCCUCGUGGAAAUUCAUGUUUUCCAACCCCGAGUCGGUUACCUCUUAAUGUAUUAUAUUAACGCCAGUUCCGCCGCUGAUGAGACUGAAAAUUCACGGAAUGACAAAAUGCAAGGUUAUAGGGAAUUCUGUGAACAACUUGAUAAAAAACUAGAAGACUGUAUUUAUGACGAUCUUAAGUUGUGCCAGGAGGACGAUGUUCAGUUACUGUGCUGGCUGGCACCUUCUGUUUACAACGAAUUCCCAAACAUUGCAAUUGGACACGCGAAUCUUUUACAUCUUAUCGUGUCCAGUGUUGAUGCCAGGCAACUGCAAGAGUUGGUCUGUAGGAUUGUUCAAGGGAGCUUGGUUAUGCUACAAGAUGAUAUUCUACAACAUAUUUUGACGUCUUCGUUGAUGUGGGAAACGUUUGAACAAGUCUGUCUAUGGCAGAUUGUAUCAGCACACAGCAUAUCCAUUUCAAGUAUUAUUCCAGUUUUGACUAAACUUGAUUUUGCCAGCCAUGCAGAGGCCUUGACAGCAAUUUUACUUAUGUUGCAGCAAGAAAAGCCUACUGCAGAACUAGUUAAACAAGUGUUAAGUAGAGAUGUUGGUCCACAUUGUGACUUAUUUGUUGUUUCCGUUUUACUUUCGUGGUGUCGAGAGCAUGAGGGUGUACUGUCAGAACUGAUCGCCUCGUUGCUCUCAAGUCGGUGUCCUGCUGUCGCAUCACCAAACAAGAGGAAAAGAGCUGGAACGAGGGCGAGUGCCGCACCUUCUGCCGAGAGGAUAUUGGGCCACCUAGAUAGACUUCGAACGGGAACAAAACAGCUCUACAAGUUUGACGCAAUGCAAAAGGCUUUGCAACAGGCCCAGUCAGCAUGCACAGAUACUCAGAAAAGCCAGUUCAGCAAUCUUUUCGCCCUUGUUGAAGUUGAAGAAACCGGAAGGGGAAAAGGCGGAGGCCGUGGUAGAAGACCGGCGAACAGUAUGGCCAAAAAGAAAAUCGCUAAAGAUAUCACCUCUGAUUCAACAGAUGAAAGCAGUGAGGAUGAAGAAAUUAUCAAGCCGAGGCAGGCGAAGAAAAGAAAAAAAAAUCCUGUUGGCUCCGAUAGUGAUUAAUUAUUAAGGAAAAACGUUUUGUUAUAAAAAGUGUAUAUUUUGUAUAUUACUGUGAUUUGUAUUGAUCGUCGUUUCCCAUAUUGGGGUAACUUUAAAAGGACUUGUGAGAUCGGAAGAAAAACAGUAAUAUUUGUGUUUUUACGUUUUUAAAUAGUUGUACAGUAUUGUAAACAACUGUUAUAUAUUAGUGAGUUUUGUAUAUAUUUAUAAGAUAUAUAUUUGUAGUUAAUAUGUAAAUAAAACAAUUUGUAUGUAAAUUAUAUAAAUAAGAUGUGCCUUACAAUGCUAUAUAUUUCCUUAUAAUUUUUAUACUUCACAUUAGGAAAAUUAUUGAUGAAUUUGCCCGAUGUUUAAAAAAAAAAAAUCAGCAUGAUUGAGGCAAGAGUUUCUGGUUGUUUCAAUUUGUUUGAUGGUCUAAAACCUAUGUAACGAAAGUACAAAAGACAUAUUUUAUAUUAUAUAAAUAUGGCUGAAUUGGUCUGUUUGAUAAAUAUAAAUCUGUAAAUACAAAGUAUCGAAACAUGUCAGAAUAAAAU